UUGACGUCCCGCACAGAUCGCAAUCCCGGACGAGUCUCAAGCUUUUCAGAAAAUGGUGAAGACUGGAGACAAAGCUUCGCAGGUCUCCCAAAGGCCACACAUUGUGGUCACCUCCAGUGAAAAAGACAGCAAAAUCACUGGAGACAGUCCCGUUGAACUUGACAACUUCAGUCAACUUAAAGACAACACAAAACAUUCCAGAGAUUCACCACAAAGUUUACAAGAAAAUGACAGUGAAUCGCAAAGGAAUAAUCAUGUCAAUGACAUCACGAGUAGGCCUCCCAGGAACCAGUCAGGACUCGGUACAUCCCAGGCAUCUGUGGAGGUGGGCGUGGCAAAAACAGAGCUGGCACCAGAACCUGUAAAGCCUAGUACUUCUUCUUUAAGAGCACCGUUGGGUGUGGAUGAUGGUGCCAAGGUGAACUCUGACAGACCUAAUUCAAACAGGACUACGUCGUGUCAAACAAACACUUGCAUAGACUCGGAUUACAGCAGCACACUGUCCAACCCUGGUUCCAGCACUGACCUCUGUCAGGAUGAGUGUUAUAAACUUGUUAAAGAGUCCACUGGAAGUAAGAAUCCAAACGCGCCUGUCAGCUCUUCUAAAACCAAUUUAGAGUCGUCUCAAUCCAACAGCAGCACAGAUAAGCAGAGAACCGAUUCCAAAACAGACUCGACUGUUAAACUAAAAACUAAAAACUGGAACAGUGAGCGUUCGUCUAGCAUCGCCCAGUCGGACAACAGUACCGACAUGAGGUGGGACAAGUAUGAUGGAGAGGAGGACAGUCAGAGCAUGCGGUCCAGGCAUGUUGUGACUGAGGGCGUGUGUUGCUGCUAUCAUGCGGUCCACCGAGCCUUCCUGCAGUGUGUGGAGGAGACCCCCGCCAUGCUGUCCGGACUGUUGCUGUCUUUGGCCUUCUGCGUGGCCAUCAUCGUCCUCAUCCCCUCCACAGGAAGGGACUUAGACGUGCACGCCGGAGCUCUGUCUGUUGUAUGUGUGGUUCUCUGCCUGAGUACCACCUUGCUCGUUUGCCUGCCCUGGUUGUCCACAGUGAGACGCUGUGGCGGAGCGCUGGCGCUCUUCGUUUGGGGAACACUGUAUAUCACUGCCAUAGUCUUCAUCUUCAAUGGCGGACCCGUCACCACGUGGGAACAGGUUGCAUUUUUUCUGUUCCUGUCUCUGAGUGUGUACACAAUUCUGCCCCUGUCUCUGGCCUGGGCCCUCAUAGUUGGGAUUGGGACCAGCGUUUCCCACAUUAUCAUCAUCAGCAUCUACGUUCCCGUCACAAGCCCAGAGACACCGGACCUGGCUGUGCAGCUGGUAGCCAACGCAGUGCUGUUUUUAUGUGUGAACUGUGUGGGGAUUUUCCACCUGUGGAUGACCGAGCAUCAUCUCAGAGUAACCAAUCAGAAGAGAGAAGAGUUCAGCGCCAUACGCUCGCAGAAGGAACUAAAGAAAUACCAGCAGGAGCAGCUCCUCCUGUCGGUGUUGCCACGGUACAUCGCCAUGGAGCUGAAAACGGAGGUGAUAAAGAGGCUGUCGAAGCCCAAAGGCCACGAUGAGAACGGCUGCAGCUUCCACAACUUCCACAGUCUCUACAUACGGCAGCACAAAGACGUCAGCAUUUUGUACGCUGACAUUGUGGGCUUCACUAAACUAGCAAGUACCUGCUCACCUGAAGAGCUCGUUGCUGUUCUCAAUAAACUCUUUGGCAGAUUUGACGACAUCGCCAAGCGGAAUGGGUGUCUCCGUAUCAAGAUCCUCGGUGACUGUUACUACUGCGUGUCUGGUCUGCCUGACCCCAUCCCGACCCACGCCAAGAACUGUGUUCAGAUGGGGCUGGACAUGUGCACGGCCAUCAGUAACUUGCGAGAGGCGACGGAUGUCGAGAUUAGCAUGCGAGUCGGCGUUCACUCCGGCCACGUGCUUUCUGGUGUAAUUGGAUUGCAGAAGUGGCAGUAUGACGUGUGGUCAGAUGACGUCACGUUGGCUAAUCAAAUGGAGUCUGGAGGCCUUCCUGGGCGAGUCCACAUCACAGAGGAAACUCUGCAACACUUGAAUGGUGAGUACCGAGUGGAGGACGGGGACGGGGCAAGUCGCAAUCCUCAUCUAGCAGGCAGGAGAACCUACCUGGUGAUCGACCCGCACAAAGCACAAAACCUUUCCAAGAGGCACAAACCGCUAAACACUCUGAGACCAAGUGAUACCAGACAGCGGGCGUCAGUCCGGAUGUCGCAGUACCUCCAGUCCUGGCGGUCUGUCCAUCCCUUCGACCACCUGAACAACCCUGAGGCCGCACACUCCAAGAAGCCGGCCAUCCCAAAAGUUCCCAUUGUGAACCAAUCACAGGUGCCACCGGAAAGACCUCCAUCCGACAGCAACCCUGGCAGUUUGGCUGUGGAUCAUUCUGUCCGAGGCUCUCUGGACACAGUGAACACUGCAGGUUGGAGAUCAAAAAAGCUCAACUGUCUGACUCUGUUGUUCAACGACCUAAAGCUGGAAAAACAGUUCCGCAUUUCAGAGGUUAAGGGUUUGCACCACUCCAUAAGCUGCAUCGCUCUGAUCUUCGUAACUCUUUUCAUCGUGCAGAUGCUUGUCUCUCUAAAGAACUUAGAAUUGGCGCUGUCCUACGGCGCCACCUUCCCUGUGCUGGUGCUGCUCCUGUCUGUUGCUUUCACCGGAUACUUGGAGCGGUGGCGUUCUAAGAUGCCACAGGCUCUCCAGUGGAUUUCGGGCGUGUCUCGGGGUCUCUCCACCAUUGUGGUCGUGCGGGUCUUUGUGGUCAUUCUCAGUGUGCUCAUCACCCUGCUUAUGGCCAUCCUCAACUUUUUUUUCUUACCAGGAAACAACUGCGCCGCUGUCGCUAACAGGACGGAGCUGGAGAGUCUCAGACUUUACACCGUACCUUACUACCUGUACUGCUGCUUGCUGGCCAUGCUCGGAGUGAUCGUGUUCGUCAGGACAUGUUUGUCAGUCAAGGCGCUGCUGCUCACCCUGGCGGUUGUGGUGUACCUCGCCCUCUUCCUCCACGUUUAUGAAGCCAGAUCGCACUGCCUCGUCGACCUCCUCUACAACUCCAGUAACUCCAAGCCCGGUGUUCUGAAGGACCCUCAAAUCAUGUCCGGUUUCUGGCUGGUUGUCUUUUACAUCGUUUGCCUCAUACUGGCCAGACAGGACGAAUUGGGUUGCCGUGUCGACUUCCUGCUGGAGCAUUGCUUCCAGUCGGAGAGAGAAGAGAUGGAGACAAUGGAGAAUGUCAACAGGCUCCUCCUUCAGAAUGUCCUGCCGCUUCACGUUGCGUCCGUCUUCAUAGGCAAGAGUGUUGGCAACCAGGAUCUCUACAGUCAGUCAUAUGAGUGUGUGUGCGUGAUGUUUGCCUCAGUGCCUCAGUUCAAGGAGUUCUACAGUGAGAGCAGCGAAAACAGGGACGGCCUGGAGUGUUUGCGCUUCCUCAACGAGAUUAUCGCCGACUUCGAUGAGCUUCUCUCAAAACCAAAAUUCAGUUCAGUGGAGAAGAUUAAGACCAUCGGCAGUACGUACAUGGCCGCUGCAGGGCUGACACACUCGGAGGAGAGUAGAAAGAAAUAUGAGAUGUCCUACAGCCAUGUGCGAGCCAUGGUGGAGUUUGCCAUCGCUCUGAUGGCCAAACUGGAGCUCAUCAACACGCACUCUUUCAACAGCUUCAAACUGAGGAUCGGAAUAAACCACGGCCCGGUGAUCGCAGGCGUCAUUGGAGCUCAUAAACCCCAGUAUGAUAUCUGGGGGAACACUGUUAAUGUGGCCAGCAGGAUGGACAGUACGGGAGUUCUGGACAAGAUACAGGUGACGGAGGAGACGGCCCAGGUGGUCGAGAGUGUGGGAUUCAGUGUCACUCUCAGAGGAGUGGUCAACGUAAAGGGCAAAGGGAAUCUGACCACCUACUUCAUCAACAAGGAGCAGUCAUCUCCUCAGUUCUGACCACUGCAGUGCAGACUGGUUCGUAGCCAACACGACAAAACUUAAAAGAUGGCAUCAGCACAAGCCUUUGCACGGCUCAUUACAGCUAAUGAGGAGCUGCCUUUGUCUUUGGGAUAAGAUACAACUCAAAGCCCUGACUGGUCAAAUAAAGACAUGACACUUUGCAAACUGAAAGCAGAAAUCUUUCAGCUGAUUGGACCUUUUCGAGGCAGAUCACCUGUGUUUGCACCAUGUUCUGUUAUUCUGCCCACCUGCUGUUUGGGCGUCAAAUCUCCAUCACACACGUUCCAGAGUUUUCAAUAAAAUGAUCUCUAAUGAAAAGUGUGUGUUCAAAACAGGGUUUUGACAAAAACAACUUCAAUUUUGAUCUUGUUUUCCACCACAAAUGACCUUUUUCUAUCUGCUGAACAGUAAAAAUGUGUUUCGGUGUUGAUGGAGCUUCACUUCCAAACAGCAUUUAUGUCUUUUUUUAUUUUUUUAUUUUUUUUACUUUUCAGUGUUUCAACUUUGUGUUAGAAUUUUAAUGAGUAGAUCAUUUUCUUUACUUGAAGCAUAUUUAUGGUACUGAUUGUAGUAUUUUAAAACUUUUCUGUUCACAUUUAUCUAACAAUAUGUUAUGUAAAAACCUAUUUGCACAUUUUUUAAAUGUACUUCUGAAUUCAGUAGUGCACACUACACCACAUACUACAUUUUUUUAAUGGAUGGGUGUCAGUUUGAUGUGUUGAGAAUUGUGACCACAGAAAGAGUUGGAGUGCCUCUAUGUAGAUAUACAUAUUUUUCUAUUGUAUUUAUAAUCUAAUAAAUAAAUUGCCACUA